AAUGGGAACCAGCAGACAUUCCGGGAGGGCUCACGACCCGGGGUGUGGGAUUCCUGUAGAGACCUCAGUGGACCUUGAGAGGCGCUGGGAUGCGAUGGGGGUGGGAGAGGUUGUCGAAAGACGGAUCAGUGGGUGGGGGCCCCAAACCCCCAGCACGAGGAAGCGGGAGCGGGUCGCCUAGGACCCCGCGGCCGCUCACAACCCUGAACCUGACCUCUCCGGGAAGCCCCAUCGCGCCGCUCUUCCCUCGCUCGCCCGCCGCCACCCGACUUGCGAAUCGGGGCGUAUGUGUAAUUUCCCAGCGAGAGCGGACUAGGAGCGCUCUGCAACAAGGGGGCCGCCCCAAAGUCCCCCGAGAACCUCUCUGGCAGCGUCCUUAGGGCUGGGAGCCUGGAGCGGCACAGACUCGCCGGGUCUAGGAGCGCAGCCGCCAGCCCGAGUCAGCUCCGGGGCGUGCGCGUCUCGCCCCACCGGACCCUGCGUCCACCUCCCCCGCCUCGUCCCGGCCUUCGGUCGCCGCACGGGGCAGCGGGGACAGCCGCACGUGCGCGGGUUCCCGGCGUCCCCGGGGAGGGCGCUGUGCCCGCGCGCCGAGGAGGGUCCGGAGCGCCCGGUGCCGGGGUGGGGCAGCGGGGUGGGGGCUGGGGCGCCGGCCGGAGAAGUGGGAGGGGACAGGUUGGGGGGUGGUCUCUGAGGAGGAGCCAGGCUGGCCUGUAUUGUUCCACACUCGCCGCCCCCAGCGCGCGGCGCCCGGCCGCAGGGCGCUCUGCUUGCCGGGGUCCCCCCGCCGCCGGACCCCGCGACGAGGCCUGAGCCUUCCAGCGCGCGGGGAGACGCCUCUGCCCGGGGGUCCCGGCUCCGAGCACGGGCCCGCUCAGGGUCAUGGCCGCGGGACGCCGCUGCCGAGAGCUGCCGCGCGGAUGCCGGGGCGCCCCUCCGUAGCGGGGCGCAGCCUCCUCGUCUCCCGCCCGGCCGGCCGCAUGGGGGGCGGAGGGUCGGCCCUGAGGGUCUGCGCCGACCACCGCGGGGGCAUCAACUGGCUCAGCCUGAGCCCGGACGGGCAGCGCCUGCUGACGGGCAGCGAGGACGGCACGGCCCGGCUCUGGAGCACCGCGGACGGCCAGUGCUGCGCGCUCCUGCAAGGGCACGAGAGCUACGUGACCUUCUGCCAGCUGGAGGACGAGGCUGCCUUCACAUGCAGCGCUGACCGCACCAUCAGAAAGUGGGACGUGCGCACCGGGCAGUGUCUGCAGGUCUUCCGAGGACACACGUCCAUCGUGAACAGGAUCCUGGUCGCCAACAACCAGCUCUUCAGCAGCUCCUACGACCGCACAGCUCGAGCCUGGAGCGUGGACAAGGGACAGGUGGCUCAGGAGUUCCGAGGCCACCGCAACUGCGUGCUGACCCUAGCCUACUCCGCGCCCUGGGACCUGCCCGGGGCUCCCUGCGCCGAGGAGGUUGGGGGGCUCCUGGUGACGGGCAGCACGGAUGGCACGGCCAAGGUGUGGCAGGUGGCCAGUGGCUGCUGCCACCAGACGCUGCGGGGCCACACGGGAGCCGUGCUCUGCCUUGUGCUGGACACGCCCAGUCACACCGCCUUCACCGGCAGCACCGACGCCACAAUCCGCGCCUGGGACAUCCUGAGCGGGGAGCAGCUGAGGGUGUUCAGGGAGCACCAGGGCUCUGUCAUCUGUCUGGAGCUGGUGAACCGGCACGUGUACUCGGGCAGCGCCGACAGGACGGUCAAGUGCUGGCUGGCAGACACCGGGGAGUGCGUGCGCACGUUUGCGGCGCACCGGCACAGCGUGAGCGCCCUCAGAUACCACGCGGGCACCUUGUUCACGGGCAGCGGGGACGCCCGCGCGCGCGCCUUCGACGCCCAGUCCGGAGCGCUGCAGAGGGUGUUCCGCGGCCACGCCUUCGUCAUCAACUGCAUCCAGGAUUGUGGUUUUGUACCUUUGCUUUCGUACUGUUCAUCGUUCCUGUGACCUGACUCACGUUUCUGGCUAAGGAUGCCAUCCCACACUGUAACCGUGGCUCCACGGGCAAACGAAGCCCCCUCGAACAUGACCUCCAGAAAUCUACCAUGGUGAGGGGAGAGAGAGGAGAGGCAUAGACAGGCCGCCUGGAUCAUGACCAUGGGAGCUACGGCCACCACCACAGCGAAUAAAACUAAGGAAACUGCACUGCCUGGAAAGUAAUGCAAUUAAAAAGGACAAGUUUCUCCUGCUUCUUCCCAGUCUGAAUAGAGAAGUAUAAAGCGCUCCCUGUGAUUAGAACUACCACAGAACAAUCUCUUUCUCUUCCUUCAUACCCAAGAGCUAUAGCAUUUUGCAAAUAGGCUUACUAUCACCUCAAGUUUCACACCUAUGCCAAGGCUGGGACCCAGGGUCGCCGAGAACGCACUGAGAUACCUC